AUGGCCAUGGUUGUUAACCAGCUACAAGAAUUUUUUCUAUCAGAUUUCACCACCACCGCCAGCACCACCACCACCACUACCUCCACCAAUAGUACCACCUCAGCAGAAGACGAUGGUUGUCGUAAUUGGGCCGACUGGUCCCCUGUUGUCGACUGGGAUGCAUUUUCGGUUCAUCCCCAAGAAAACUUUCAUGACUUAUUCGGACCUGAAAUGGAUGAAGAAACAGAUAAAACCGUUUCUUACUCCGAGGAUAAUCAGAAUCUUGCAUCCUCGGAUGCAUUAAUGAUGGAAGCAGCCGUUGAUGGGCCAUCGGAUGAUAGCAAAGGGCUUAGAUUGGUUCACCUUUUGAUGGCUGCCGCGGAGGCUAUGUCAAAUGAUAACAAAAGCCAUGAUUUGGCUGCAGUGAUACUGGUUCGGCUCAAAGAUUUAGUGUCCUCAAAUGAGGGCACGAAUAUGGAAAGACUUGCUGCUCAUUUCACCGAUGCUUUACUAAGUUUAUUAGAAAGCGCCGGGUGCAGUGGAGGUGGUGGUUCUGGUGGAUUUCAUUACAAACAAACCCACCAUCUGAACCAUCACCACAAGACAGAUGUCUUGGCAGCUUUCCAGCUGUUACAAGACAUGUCACCAUUUGUAAAGUUCGGUCAUUUCACCGCCAACCAAGCUAUCAUUGAAGCAAUCACCCAUGAACGACGAGUUCAUAUAAUUGAUUACGAUAUCAUGGAAGGUAUCCAAUGGCCGUCACUAAUGCAAGCAUUAAUCUCCCGUAAAGAUGGACCGCCCACUCCCCACCUACGUAUUACCGCCCUUUCACGGCCAGGGAGUGGCCGGAAAUCCAUCUCCACUGUCCAAGAAACAGGUCGUCGUUUAACUGCUUUUGCAGCAUCAAUCGGCCAACCAUUUUCCUUCCACCAAUGCAAGCUAGAUGCCGAUGAAACAUUCAAGCCCUCAUCGCUAAAAAUUGUACGCGGAGAAGCCAUCAUCGUUAACUGUAUGUUACAUCUCCCUCAUUUCACCUACAGAUCACCAAAUUCAGUUGCUUCAUUUCUAUCUGGAUCCAAAACCCUAAACCCUAAACUCAUAACCCUGGUCGAAGAAGAAAGUCCAAAAGUUGAAGGUGGGUUUGUGGGCCGCUUCAUGGACACAUUACACCGUUACUCAGCUCUCUACGACUCAUUAGAAGCCGGUUUCCCAAUGCAAGGCCGAGCAAGAGCAUUGGUUGAAAGAGUGUUUCUUGGUCCACGAAUUUUGGGUUCCUUGGCUCGAGUAUAUCAUGCAAAUGGUGAAUGUGGUUCAUGGGGUGAUUGGUUGUCAUCUGAUUCAGGGAUUCGCCCGGUUAACAUAAGCUUUUCGAAUCAUUGUCAAGCAAAAUUAUUGUUGGGAUUGUUUAGCGAUGGCUAUAGGGCGGAGGAAGCUGGAAGUAAUAAGCUUAUUUUAGGAUGGAAAUCUCGCAGGUUGCUUUCAGCUUCAAUAUGGUCAUACUCCGAUUCGGAAUAGCAUAUUUACUGUAUUUUGGUUUUUGUUUCGUGCUUGGACGAAUUGGUAA